GUUACCUCCUGUUAUUCAUCACUGCUGUCACUUUGUUUUGGUUCGGCGGUAAGAAAACACCACAGUCUUCGAAAACCGGAGCUUAAAGACACACUAAAUGGAUUAAAUCUGAAUGGCGAAAAAGAUUGCGUGGGAGAUGGUUUCUUUGUGGCGCUGAUAGCUUGACUGUAGUACUACAAGUCUCCGUAAAACAGCUGAGGAGUACAGGUUGCAAUCGGCUGAGAGGAGGGAUAUAUUGAUUGAUUGUUAAAGGAAUUGUCAGACCAUUCUCCAGUACAUUACUAACAGACCACCUCCCCACCGUCAGACAGACAAACCCUGUAUGGCUCCGGCACAGACAGACAGAGCCGGUCACCCUAUGUCUAAUUGAUCCAAAACAUCACUUGAUCACAAGGAGACGCACAGAUUUGGACAACACACUGCAAGAACAUUUAUACCAUUACUGCAAUAAGACAACAAGCCAAGAGUCAAAAUUUCCAAUAAGACAACAAGCCAAGAGUCAAAAUUUCAUCACAGAUGAAAAAUCUCAACAAUUGGAUGUAUUUUAUCAAAGGAUAUGUGAUUUGAAAAUCAGCUGAUGGAUUAUUUUAGGAUCUAAGUUGCACGUAACUGGAUUUCUGGGAUAUUUCUUAUAAGCCAGUGCAGUUUGUUAUCUAGGAAUUAACACUGACAUAUUCUGAUGGGAAAUGAAAAGGUGUUACUCCAGGAAAUUUUACUUCAUAUUACAGAUGCAUGAUGACAAAAUCAACUGUAUACACAAAACAGUAAAAUCAAUCAACAAGCUGUGAUUUCUGUUGGAGGAAAAAAUAUUGGAUUGUAGAAUUGUCGCUGAUAUCGGAGUAGGAAUUCUGAAAGCAAACUGCAUUUAGUCACCAUAGCAAACGUGGCGUGAUCGCCUGGCUAUUUUUGUGCUGUAUUUAUUAAAACCAGGAAAUAAUUGAGCUGUUCGCUUUCUAAAGAGCUACCAGCGUGCGUUACAGCUGGACUCUGUAAUGAUGAAGAAUUUAUCUGGCAGAAACUGAUGCCGUUGUCUUUAGAACGCAAGCUUAUGACAUCACAAGCCUCAUCAAAUUCUGCAUCUUGGAUUGUAGCUCCCAGGACGACAGUGGUUGCAGCUGCUGAAUCGAGGCCCAGGUCAAAAAGGUCAAGCCACACUCCAGAACAUCAGGCUCAGGCCUCACCCCAUACUGUCAGAGUCUAUAUUGAAAUAGCUGGAGGUGUCUCACGCAUUGCCUUGUAACUCCGUAUAUGAUGUCAUCUACUCUAGUUGAGACUGUGUCCAUUAAUUAUGAAGACUUUAACGAUAGUUUCCUGACGUGUGGGACGUGCCUGUGUGUGUACGACCACCUCGAAUGUUCACCCAAGCUCCUCCAGUGUUCCCAUACAGUGUGUAAAAGCUGUCUACAGCGUAUAGUCGAGGCUCAGCUCACAGACACAGGCUACUUCCGAUGUCCAAUCUGUCGUGAACACAUCGGAAUUCCCAGAGGAGGAGUGGCAUCGUUUCCGCCAAGUUUCAUCGUCAAUCAACUUCUGGACCUUAUGUCCCAACAACGGCGCGACGUGAUACCGAAAUGUUCCACCCAUCCCCAGCAGGAACUGUUGUUUUGUGAAACCUGCGAUUCCGUGUUCUGCACGCAAUGUGCAGGUGGAGAGCACAAUGGGAGAGGAGCAAGCGAGCACACUGUGAUACCAUUUUCAAUUGCAAUCAAAAGAAUGUCAGAGAUUUUGCUGUAUAAGGCUCAUCUUUGUAUUAAAAACUUAAACCAUGCUUAUGACAAUGUCUCGUCAGAGAUGCAAAGUCUCGAAUCAUCUGUAGAAAAAACUGUAGAAUUUAUCAACCGUUCCUUCCAAGAUCUCAUUGCCUCUGUCGAUAAGCGGCGACAUGAAUGCUUACAAAAGGUUCGCAAAGUCCGUGAGGAUAAGCGAAAGAUUCUCCGAGAACAACUUGAUUUAAUCCAGACUGAAAAAGAGAAAGUUCAAGCAGAAUGUGAUGGACUUCAAUACCAGGUGGAGGUAAGGAACAUUACCAAAAAAAUUGGUGAUUUAAACGAAAAGUUAGACUCAACAACAUCCCUAUCGGAACCAAGAGAAAACUCUUUCAUUAAAUACGAAUUCAAACACAACAGCGCGCAUAAAGACAUCACGAAAGGUCUGACAGAGUUCGGUAAAAUCAAAGUAAGCACCACAUUCCCAUCCCUCUGUACCGGAAAAGUCGGUGAAGCAAUCACCCAUUUGAAGUCGUCAGUCAAGGUGACAACUGUUGAUUACCAUGGCAACCCAAGAACCAGUGGUGCCGAUCCUGUUACCUCAGAGGUGCGAACGGAUCGUGGUGAACUCGUGGAGUCAAAGAUCAGAGAUCAUGAGAAUGGAACCUAUGAAGUGCAAUAUGUGCCACCAAAAGCUGGCAAGAUCAAGGUAUUUGUCAGUAUCUUCAAUCGUCCAAUCAGAGGAAGCCCUUUUGUGAUAGAUGUUUCGGAGCAUAAAGAUCCUGUGUGGAAAUUUGGAUCUCGAGGAUCAGGUGAUGAAAAGUUUGUGCAGCCUGUCCGAGUGGUCACGCAAAAGGCUGGAAACAUUUAUGUUCUUGACACGGGUAACAGUCGUAUCAAGGUGAUUGGUCCAAAGGGCGACUUUGUAGGACAUCUAGGCCCCCUUGGCCUUGAGAAUCAAAGUGGAACAGGACUGUCUCUCACACCCGACGGUAACCUCGCUCUGGUAAACUGGAGGACAAAGUACAUUACUGUGGUAACCAAAGAUGGAGAACUAGUCAAGAAGUUCAGUAACCCUGAUUUUGUCGAACCGAUAGACAUUGCAGUUAACAGCAAGGGAGAGUUCAUUGUCGCUGAUAACGGUGCCAACAAGGUCUUCAUAUUCGAUGGCAACGGAAAACUCAACACCACCUUUGGAGGUAAAGGGGAUAAAGAAGGACAAUUUAAACUAAUGUGUGCGGUUGCUGUAGGCAAAUGUGAUGAAAUUCUAGUCGCUGACCAUAGAGUACAAGUCUUCAGUAAGGAUGGGAAGUUCUCCAGGGUCAUUCCAGACCAAAGCAAGGGUCAGUUUGGUGGACUCAAUGUAGAUGCUGGAGGCUUCAUCCUCGCUACAAAAACAGAAAAGGGAAAAAGCUUCGUCCAAGUACUCAACUCGAGCGGGAAGCUGCAAUUCUGUAUCGAUAGUUUCCAUGACAAGCUUAGGCGUCCAAGCGGCCUAGCAACAACCUCCGACCAUCAUGUAUAUGUCGUUGACCUUGGCAACGACUGUCUGAAGAAGUACAGAUACAAGUAAUACAGGUUGCAGUUGUAGUGAACCUAGUCAUGUCAUCUCCAGCCAAGUCAUGGCACCCCCACACUCAAAUGGACUGCUCUGUCUGAUAGAAAUUAUACACUCUGUGAAGUAACUUGUGACAACAGUGGGACUGGAUCAAAGCAAAGAAGGAGAAACUAUAGUGACAUUUUAAUGUUUUCAUGGAAACCCAGCUAAGAUUUGCAGCUAUAGUUUCUCGACUUGUUUCAUGUGAACCAACUGAAGGUUAGCAGGAGUAGAACACUAGAUGUUACAUGUUGGUUACUACUGCAAACAAGUUGAAACCCGAGUACCACAGGCAACCACAAUCAUAACCAGUGUUACCACUGGCAACCACAUCAUAACCAGUGUUACCACUGGCAACCACACCAUAACCUCACUUACUACUGGCACCCAUGCCAUAACCUCUGUUACCACUGGCAACCACAUCAUAACUUCUGUUACCACUGGCAACCACAUCAUAAUCUGUGUUACCACUGGCAACCAUGAUGUAACCUUUGCUACCAUUGGCAACCACAUUUAACAUUGUGUACAACACCCAACUACACUGUAGCCAUAGUAACAACUACAGCAACCAUAUUGUAAAACUGGUUACUGCUGGUAAUGUGCUGUAUACAAAAUUCCAAGUAUUAAGAGCUAAAGGAUGCUGAAAUCCAUCAUUCCAGAAUUCAAGGGAUCUGCUUUCAUUGUAUUUAUGAAAUGUGAACAUCACUGUUAUAUAUAUAUAUAUAUUCCAGUUCUACCUACACAAAUCUUAGAGAGAGCACCUGUUAACAUCAUGUCUGUGUCACUGUACAAAGGGAAAGCACUCUAAAUACAGGCCUAGUUAAUUUUAAAUGUUAUUUCGUCAUUUGUUCAAAUGGCUGAGACUGCUAUUUGGCAGAGUAUUACAACUCAUUUGAUUUGUUGUAACAGCAGAGAUUACUGAGGUAUACAAAACAUUUUAGGAACAGCUUUUUCAGGAAGAAGAAUACUUUUUAUACUGGCGGCAAAAGAUUAUUUUUUUUCUUUCCCCCCCCCCCCCCCCUCCCUUUUUCUUACAAAUUUUUCAAACAUUUAGUUUAACAAACAACUGGAUAUCGUAUAAUCGUAUAGUUGUAAUACUUUGAGCCCAUUCCAUAAAAAAAAAAAACCAUCAGGAAAUGUUUAAUGUUCAUGUACCGUUGAAAAGUCAUACAAAUUUGUCGCCAAUUCCUUACCGUAGUAACACUCAAUCAGCAUAUGCGUCGUAUGUAAAGUAAUUAUCCUGUUUGCAAUGCACAUCAUCUUGAUUUUCUAUUAAGCGAUAUUUCUAGAUACUUUUAUCAGGAAAAAAGUACUUUAUAGAAAACAAUUAGCUACCAUCUGUACAGGACCCGGCUGUAUUUCUGGGUAACCGUCCAUACCUCUCUUGCACAUUUUAAGUCAGGUUCUAACAUAGAAUUUAUUUCAACACAAUUUUUAAAUAUGUCGAGUUUUGUCCUGUUUUCAUCUGGUGGUUACACGAGAAUGUAGAUGUUUUGAUAAUUAUGAAAAUUUCGCAGUGUGGAGAUUGUUACUUUGGUCUGUAACUGUUACUUCCUUGGAAAGGUUUUUAGUACUGUUGGAUUCGUAGCAUCACCUUACCAUGAAAAUCACAAAUAUUGACAUCAGCCAGUAUAAAGUAAUAGAAUGUAUAUUGUAUACUUUAACCUCUUCACCCCUAUGUAAUUUUAGUAGACUCUACCUUACAUUGAUCUGGAUGAGUCCAUGAUGGUCUACAGUGGUGAAAGGGCUAAACUAUGUCUUUGAAAACCAACGAUCCUCUUCUCGAUAUCUGUAUGUUCUUUACACCCUCGGAAUAUGUCAACAAGAUUGAACGCUCUUUAUGCGCCACCUUGCGGGUCAUAAGAAUGGACUAUUCAAGAAACUGUUACGAAAUCAUUCAUACCUUUGAUCUCUUAGACAGAUUAUCAAUGGAAUUGUGUGGCAACAUAACAGAAAAAAAUAUCGCCUUGAUUUUGAUGUAAAAUAUGUACAAUGUAGGUACUUUGUAAUCUUCAAAUGAUGCAUUGGUAACAGCAUCACAAUUUGUCAGUUGUUUAUGUCUUAAACCUUUCACCCCUAGGUAACUUGAGUAGAAUCUACCAUACAUUCAUCUGAAUGAGUCCAUUAUAUUCUCCAGUGGUGAGAGGGUUAAACCAAUGAAAAUGGCUGACAGUGAGCCGUCAAUUUUGUCAUAAUUUCUUCCAAGGGGUGCUGAAAAGAUAUGUUUAUCAAAAGAGGAACUCUUUUAGUUAGAAGACCACCAAACUAUUCCAGCGAAUUAUUCACAUUACAACACUCCAUAUCACACAUCAUCCCUGUUGUGUACUCUAUGUGGGCGCGUCACUGUCAUUGUAAGGUUGUGCCAUAAUUAUAAGUCUUCAGAGUAAGCAAAUGCUAUUAUGCAUGUAUAUUAAAUUAUUGUGUUCAUAUGAGCCUGAAGUCAAAAUAACAGCCAUUUCAUAUGCAAGGGUUGAACUGCUGGAGCCCGAACGUCAUAUCAUGAUGUAACUUAUAAGCAUUUGUCAGUACAUUUUGUGAGUGAUUUGUCAAAUUUUUUCGCUUCAUUUUAGAAAAAGCUACAUUUCGUAUUUCAACAAAGGAGCAGGGAAUAGGAUUUUUUCACGAUUAAUAUAUCGGUCCGCAUCAGUGUGUGUCCAUUUUUGAUCCAAAUAAUCCCGAAUUAGACUUUGGUUUGGUGAUAGAUCAACUCUACUAAAUCAUUACUGUGAUUUUGUAUUCUCAAGACAUUUGAAACAAUUUUACAAAAAAAAUCUUUCUGGUAAUUAUUGCAAAAAUUUCUCCUGAAAUGUAAGUGCUUUAAAAUAUUUCCUUUUUCUCUGUGAAAAAGUGUCAUCCAUAAAUGUAAUGUUGAAUUAUUUGACAUUUAGUUGUCAUUGCUGUAGGUUAAAAAGAUUAUGUUUGAUAUUUAUUUAUAUGUCAUUUUCAUGGUGAACAUUGUGAAUUCAAGUAUCCAGCAAAAAAUAAUUUAAUAUCUAGAAUGUGUCGGAGAAACAUGUUAAUCGAAGUCCUCACAAAUACGACCAGAUAGAUAACAUGCAAAAAUGUAAGUUUUCUUCGCAUCUAAGUUAAUAUUAUUUUAUAUGUUGACAGAAAUUAUAUUUUAGCAAUGUGUGAAACAAUUUAAUUAAAAUAAUGAUGGCUAAACCAGGACCAUUGAAUGCACAUUUAGUACAGUAUAUAGAAGUUGGAAGUUGAAUUUUUUUUGAAGAAUGUUAUAUUAUUUCGUAAUUUUUUAUUUGCAAUAACAUGACAAUUGGAUGGCAAAACAUUUGCAUUGAAGAUUCAGAGAGCGUAAACGAUGGAACAGUAAGUAUUUAGAAGGGGGCCCAUGCCAAAGACAAUAUUUUCGCUGAUCAUCUUGUGUAUUCAUUGCACAGAUAUGUUUGUAUGUCAAUCUGUCAAACAAGGAAAAGGAACGUGGUAUCUUCAUCAUCAAGUUGUUCAUUGGCUUAGUAUGAUGUACAUUUUUUAUCUGCAACAUUUUAAUAUUUUUAAACUUUUAAAAAUUAACAUGAAAAGUAUAACUACAUCUUAUAAGGAUAAUUAUAGCAAAGGGCAAGCAACUUCAAGGCAUGAUAUUUUUAUUUCAUCAAAUUGGCCAAAGAAUAUUUUGCAAACAUACCAGCGGUAGUUGUUUCAGUGGUACUGUCAUUGUGUUUGAGUGCUUUUCGUGCUUAUUUGAACAAUAAUAAAUUAUGAUAAACAUGAAAACAAAUUUAUGUUAAUUUAAAAAUUGGUAAAUGAUGGUGAACACUUAAAAUCAUGAUGCAUAGCAAUAUAAAAAUGCGCCGACAAUAGAUAAUUCUUUUAAUUGCUGGAUAACCAAACUUCGUGGUAGUGAAGUGGAAACUAAAACAACAAAACAAACUCUGAGAUACAUGUAACUCGUAACGUUUUAUUUGAACAACUAGGCCCAAGGGUUAAUUGCUGAGGGUAGGUUUUCCUUCCCGAGGGUUAGCUGACCUUACCCAGUGUGUGUUGUGAAGUAACAGAUAUGCAGUAUGUUUUUUUCGGUGACAUUUUAUAAUGUUAGUGGUGUAUGCUUUAGAUUUGCAGUUAAAAACUGAUUUGCUGUUCAGAGUAAAAACUUUUAUUAUCUUUCGUUUCUAUUUUUUGGUGUUCUUUUGAAAGUGUGGAAUUUUUUAUUGUCGGGGAAAAUAAACAAAGAUAUUGUUUUGCCUGCAUCAGGUAAUGCGUUAAGAAGGGGGAGUACAUUUGUGUGAAAACAUACAGGAACCAUGCCCUGUCAGUUUGUUAUUGAGGCAAGCAAGUAUACAUGUACUGUCAAUUCAGCAAGUUACUCCGCUAAAAUGGAGGAUAACCGCAAAAAUGUGAUUAUGGUCAGUUUUAGUGUACAUGCUUACAUCAGUCCAGAAAAUGUGAGAAUUCUUGAAAGUUGAUGACGUGCUGAAUACCCCGAAAAUUUAUUAGUAUAUUUGAUAACCAAAUGGUCUGUCUGCAGUAAGAUGAUUCUACUGUGUAAGGGAGUGCUGUGAAAUUGUUGUUCACUGACUACACAGGAAUAGGAUGGAAAGUGUGCAUUAUCAUCCGACAUACUAUGGUCCAAGGGGAAUAAGUCAUAUAAUUCAAGACUAUUUCAUUAUUUCAAUAUGCUUCUGGUCUUUCUUUUCAUUUUAUAUCAACCUGUCUAUAAGGGUCAUCUGCCUAUGAAGAGUUUUGAUUUUCCCUUUGGGUGGUCUUUAUAGAUGGUUUUGUCUGUUCUAAAAGAUAGUGAAUGUAAAAGUUAAGUUAUCCAAAGAACCAUUUGUGGUAAGGUGCAGCAUUGAACGACAGGCACGGCGAGCCUUGUGUUGGAGAUUGUGUGUUGUUUACACUUUGUGUAGGUAUGUGUUUGUGUAGAGUAAAAGAAUUAACAGCAUUUUAAAGUCAACAUAAAUAUAUAUAUUCAUGUAUAGCAUUAUCAUUUCUGUCAUUUUAUGCAUUACAUACACUGGUAAUUUAUGAUUUCAUUGAAAUUUGAAGUAAAAAAAUCUUAGUUUG